CGUACCAACAAAAGGUGAAGAGUUCAAAAGGAAAUGCCAACACAAAACGAAGGAGAGGCUCAAACAAAAGGGAACGAACUCCUGUGGGUGAAAACGGGGAAGCCAGGAUACCAGGAACCACCUGUUCCUCAACUACGCCAGAAGGGAGGGCUGUCUGGAGCUGCAACUCUGCAGCACGCCUCACUGAGGCUGAUUUUCACGAACGCAACCUACCCAGCUUCGGGGUUCUCUUCCUAGUGGGUAACUGGAAAUGAUGUCCUGAGGGCAGGCCACAGGCAGCGAAAUCGUUUGCAUCGGUUUCCCCAACUUUUCUCUUCCAGCCCCUUCCCAAACGCCUCCAGCAAAGGGCAGGGAAUGCAAGCUCUAACCGGAAAGGGAGGCCGGAGGCUGCCGCACCCUCGCCACCUCGCAGUGGCGUCACGGCCCAGUUUGGGCUUUCGGGAUGCACCUCUGAUCCUCUGGGACCCUACGAGUGGCUGGACUCCGUGGAGCCAGUGUAGAGCCGCCUCCAGGGCAUGUGGGCCUCACCCACGCCAUCGGGCGUCCGGACACCACCGGUCACAAGCACCCUCGGAACCCGGAGGCCCGCACUGUGAAGGUGACCCCCGCCCUGGGGAGGAGGGCGACGGCCCCUAGGAGCACGAUGGCGGGCCGCCGCCUGACCCUGGCGCAGGCCAGCAUCUCUACGGUCGGCGUGUGGCUCCUUUGCUCGCUUGGGCUCCAGGGCACUGAAACCGCGCUGCCGUCCGCGCCCCCUGAACUUCCCGGGGGACCCGCCUGCUUGACCCGCUUUACCAGCGGGGUGCCGGCUUUCGUGCUCGACACAGAAGCUUCGGUCAGCAACGGGGCCACCUUCCUGGGCUCCCCGACGGUGCGCCGCGGCUGGGACUGCGUGCGUGCCUGCUGCACCACCCAGACCUGCAAUCUGGCGCUGGUGGAGCUGCAGCCAGACGGCGGCGAGGACGCCAUCUCUGCCUGCUUCCUCAUGAACUGCCUGUACGAGCAGAACUUCGUGUGCAAGUUCGCCCCGAAGGAGGGCUUCAUCAACUACCUUACGCAGGAGCUUUACCACUCCUACCGCGAGCUGCGGACCCGGGGCUUUGGAGGGUCCCAGAUCCCUCGAACCUGGGUGGGCAUAGACUUGAAGGUACAGCUGCAGAAACCCCUGGUGCUGAGAGAUCCAGACACAACAAACUGGCACCUGCUACAGGGUGACAGCGAUGUCAGAGUAGAGAGAAACAGUCCGGAUGAAGUGGAGCUGUGGGGGCUAAAGGAAGGAACCUACCUCUUCCAACUGACACGAACUGACUCAGACCAGCCAGAGGACACCGCCAACCUCACCAUCACCGUACUAACCGCCAAGCAGACAGAAGAUUACUGCCUCGCCUCCUACAAGGUGGGCCGCUGCCGGGGCUCCUUCCCGCGCUGGUACUAUGACCCCACAGAGCAAAUCUGCAAGAGUUUCACAUAUGGAGGUUGCCUGGGCAACAAGAACAAUUACCUUCGGGAAGAAGAGUGCAUGCUAGCCUGCAAGGAUGUGCAAGGUAUCUCCCCCAAAAGGCACAAUCCAGUGUGCUCAGGCAGCUGCCACCCCUCCCAAUUCCGCUGCAGCAAUGGUUGCUGCAUCGAUGGCUUCCUGGAGUGUGACGACACCCCUGAUUGCCCUGAUGGCUCUGACGAGGCCACCUGUGAAAAAUACACCCGUGGCUUUGAUGAGCUUCAGAGAAUCGACUUCCGCAGUGACAGAGGGUUCUGUGCAGAACUGCCAGACACUGGGCCCUGCCAAGAGAACAUCCCGCGCUGGUAUUACAACCCAUUCAGCGAACACUGUGCCCGCUUCACCUAUGGUGGUUGCUAUGGCAACAAGAACAGCUUUGAGGAGGAGCAGCAGUGUCUUGAGUCCUGUCGUGGCAUCUCCAAGAAGGAUGUGUUUGGUCUGCGGAGGGAAAGCUCCGUUCCCAGCAUAGGUUCUGUGGAGGUGGCCAUUGCUGUUCUCCUGGUCAUCUCCAUCAUAGUGGUCGUAGCCAUCCUGGGAUAUUUCUUCUUCAAGAGUAAGAGAAAGGGCUUCCGCAGUCACCGCCGCCACCACCCGCCUCCCACACCAGCCAGCUCCACUGUUUCCACCACUGAGGACACAGAGCACCUGGUCUAUAAUCACACAACCCGGCCCCUCUGAGCCUGGGAGUCUUGCCAGUCUCACCAGGUCCUGCCUGCCAAGACAGAGGCUAGAACCUGGGAAAACUUGGGGACCAGACAUUUCCUGCCUGCUUCCUGGGCUCACUAGCUCUGUCUCAGAAGCCAGGUCUCUGGGCGUCUCAGAGGAUGCUCAGCUGCACUCACUCAGGCCAGUUCUGGAGAAGGCCCAAGAGUCUGGGAGGAGCAGAGCAGCCUUGAGCCAGGAGUACUGUACAUAGAAGGACCCGUUUGCCCUGGAGCCAGAGGAAGUUGGUGUUUUUUGUGUCCUGUUCAGAGAUGCCCGUCCCCAUCCAAUGAUGCUAGGACCUGGAGUGGCAUCAGAAGCUGGAGGCUGCAAAUUUGCCUUCCAUGGCUGGCCUUGCGCUCGUCACCGUCCAACACUGAAGGAUGAUGUCCCUGUGUAGUUCUUGCUUUUGGGGGGACCAGCGUCAUAGUUCAGUGGUAGAACGUGUACCCUGAGUUCUCUCCACGGCAUCACAAAAUGACAUUAAA